AAGGCCGUCGUGACAUGAUGCGAGUUUAAAAACAUCUAGUAUGAUUUUUUAACAAGUCUGGCAACGUGAAAAUUCAAGGUCUUUUUCAGUAGCACAGUAUCUUGACAAGGAUAACGUAGCCUGAAGUCAUGUUUUACUACGGGGGUUUCAGGCGAAUAUAGCAAUUCUUUUAUUAGUUACAACACUGACCUGCCAAAGGCGCAUUGCCUUCCACAUUCAUUCAUCAUGGGUAGGACCAUUUUACGCCUCGUAGACGGAGCAAUGGCCAGACGAAAAAGAAGUUCAAGAACACUGCUUUAAGACUCGUGCAGUCGCUGCAAGAAUACAAGAGCCAACAUAAAUCCAACUGAUGGGGUGCAAAAAAGCUUGCAUUGCUUUGUCGGUCUUUGGCUUCUUCGUUUUGACUUAUGGGAGUAUUGGAAACAAAACCAAAAUAACAGUUGGCUUGCUAGCUCCGUUCACUGGUUCCUGGGACAGGGCACCUAGAUUUGCAUCUGCCGUUGGGAUAGCUGUCGAUUUCAUCAACUAUAAUACCAGUCUCCUGCCUCGUUAUCAUUUGCAAUUCGUACAUCGAGAUACUGUUUGUAGCGAGGCUGGCGGCGUUGGUGCUGCCGUGAAUCUCCUUCAGAAACAAGUGAAUGUUUUCAUAGGUCCUGCAUGUUCAAAGUCGUGUGUCCACGCAGGCUUCGUUGCUGCAGCUAAGAACAUCCCUAUGAUAUCCUACGGCUGCUCAACAACAACUCUUUCAAACCCUGAGCUUUAUCAAUUUUUCCGUACCAAGCCGUUUGCAAGAGGAAGCAAGAUUUCAACCCCACAAGCUGUUGGUGUGAUAAUGGACAAUUUCAAAUGGAAGCAUGGGUGCUUAGCUGAGGAUAUAGAUCCUGUUUUUACACCUCUGGCAAGAGAAACGAUGGCUGUGUUUGCAAAAAAGAACAUCACAAUAGGAAAAAUAGAGCGAUUUUAUCCCGAUACGUAUGAUGAAAUGGAGCUGAUGAACAAGCUAAAACCAGUAUGCAGAAUUAUAAUCUUCUUGUGCUACAGCAGAGAUGUAGCAAGGAUGUCUGUGGCUGCAAAAAAACUCGGCAUGCACAACGGGGAGUACAUGUUCAUUGCAGUUGAUCUUGAGAUUGCGAGCAGUUGGGACAGACAAAAGUUCACUCGAGGCUUAAGGCCUGUGAAGAACGUUCUCAGUGGGAUAAUAAGUGUGAAGGUCUCAAAAGUUGAUAUGAAGGAAAGCAAAUACAACUCAUUCAAUGAUGAAGUGAUCAGAAGAAUGGCACAGCAGCCAUUUAACAUCAAUGUAACCUCUUCGGUACUCUCUUCAGCCGCUUAUUUAUAUGACGCUGUGUUGCUAUACGCUCAUGCAUUGAACAAAUCAUUAUCUAGUGGAAACCAUUGGAAUGACAGUUCUGCUGUUACUCAAGCCACUUACAGUACAGCAUUCACAGGAAUAACAGGCCGAGUGAGGCUAGAUGAAAACGGUGACAGAGUACCCAUCUUUAUUGUGGACAAUGUACAAAAUGGCGCUUUUAUUGCAAUGAAAGAGUUUGAUCCGGAAUUGAAUUUGACCAACGUUUUGCGUCUGGAUUAUGUGUUUCCUGGUGGUACAAAAGUUCCACCUAGAGCUAUUCCAGUUUGUGGGUUUGACGGAAAGCUAUGCGUUCCAGGGAAGAAAUCUCAAGCUGCUCUCAACAUUGCAAUUAUCAUCCCCUUUGUCAUCCUUUUACUCGGAACGCUCAUCUUCUUUCGAUACAAGAAAUGGAAGUACGAAAGAGUGACGUUAGAGAAGGAACUUAUUGUCAAUUGCAACGAAGUUGCGUAUACAAAAUUUGGAGAGUCCCAAACCAGUAAAGUCUCUUAUAAAUCUAAUGUAUUUUCAAAGCUUAGUGUUGCUUCAGAUGAAUACAUUGGCAACUCAGAUUUAGUUGGUGUCUAUCAAACUCAGAGGGUUUACGUAAAAAAGUUCCAAUGCACACUUUCACACCAUUCAACGUUUUCAAAAGAGCGCCUAUAUCGAUUGAAACAGAUAAGAGAUCUACAUCACACAAACGUAAAUUUGUUCAUUGGUGCUGGACUUUGCAACAACGAGCUCUGGAUUCUAUGGGAACACUGCUCCAAAGGAAGCUUGCAGGACAUUCUGCAAAAUGAUGACAUCGAUAUUGACUGGAUGUUCAAAUUUUCGUUUGCUGUUGAUAUUGUAAAGGCAAUGGUCGAGAUUCACAAGCGAUUCGGCGUUCAUGGCAAUCUCAAAUCAUCCAACUGUCUAGUCGACAGCAGAUGGGUCAUCAAAGUGAGCGAUUUUGGUUACGAUUGUUUUGACAGGCCUGCUAAAGAUUUGGACGAUCAAUACCAGGAUUCCAAAGAAAUGUUUUGGACUGCUCCAGAGUUUCUUGCCAAUAAUCAGCAAAAUGAGAGAACGAAAGCUGGUGAUGUUUAUAGUUAUGGAAUCAUCAUGAAAGAGAUUUGUUCCAGAUGCGACCCUUAUGAAGAAGCCUCACUUUCACCUUCAGAGAUUAUAUCCAAGAUACAGUUCAAAACGAUACCGCCUUUUCGACCGGUGUGCCCGGAGACAUGCGAUGUGCCUGCUGAGUUUAUCGAUCUUAUGACUCAGUGUUGGGAUGAUUUUCCAGAAAAAAGACCUUCAUUCAAAGAUGUUUUUAAAGCUUUACGAGCACUUGGCCCAAAAAAAUCGACAAAUUUAGUUGAUCAAAUGUUAACAAUGAUGGAGAAAUAUACAAAUAAUUUGGAAGAUUUGGUGAAAGAGCGAACUAGACUCUUAGAAGAAGAAAAAAUGAAAACAGAAAAGCUACUGGAAAAAAUGCUGCCACCUUCAGUCGCUGAAGAUUUGAAAGUGGGAAAGCCGGUCCUUGCAGAGCAUUUCACCCAAGUGACCAUUUUCUUUAGUGACAUCGUUGGUUUUACCGCAUUGGCAGCUGAAAGCAGCCCGAUGCAAGUUGUACAGUUAUUGAAUGACCUUUACAGUGAAUUCGAUAAGAUCAUCCAAAAUUUUGACGUGUAUAAGGUAGAGACAAUUGGAGACGCUUAUAUGGUGGUAUCUGGUCUGCCGAAAAGAAACGGAAAGAAGAAUGCCGGUGAAAUUGCUACAAUGGCACUUCAUUUACUGCAUUCAAUCCGAUCAUUCAAAGUCCGUCAUAAACGUGACUAUCAGCUGCAACUUCGAAUCGGCAUCCACACAGGGAGCUGUGUUGCUGGUGUUGUCGGCUUGACCAUGCCCAGGUACUGCCUGUUUGGUGACACCGUAAACUUUGCAUCACGUAUGGAGUCAAGUGGCCUUGCGUUGCGAAUUCACGUUAGUCCCGCAUGCAAGUCGGUGCUUGAUGACCUUGGGGGUUAUCAUCUUGAGAAGAGAGGGCCAGUUGUGAUGAAGGGCAAAGGAACAGUUACCACAUAUUUCUUGGUUGGCAAAGAUGGCUUCGAUUUGCCACUUCCCGACCUUAGACGUGCUGCAGCUCCUUCAGAUCACGAGUUUAAGUAGUAGAGCAACCUACAGGAUUAGCUUAACAUGCUGCUUGGUUCAUGGGGGAGUAGGGGUAGUUUCAGUUAUAGUACCAUUGAUCAAUUUAACAGUGUAUGCAUAGCUACAAACACAACGAUGCGAGAAGUAAAUUUCUAGUAGAGGCUGUGACUCUUGUAAGGACAAGGGUAAUUUUCAGCAUCUUCGAAAUUUUUUAGCUAAUUUCAAUAAUUUAUUUGGAAUCGACAGCGUAUUCGUCAGAAUAUGAGAUGUUUAGAACAGCCCCUUUUUAAAUCAUGUUAUAUUUUGCUAUUCGACCACCUUCAACAUCACUGCACAAUAGCAACCCAACUUCUUAUUAUUGCAUUACUGCAUUUAGUGACAUCAUACAAUAGUAUUUUGAAACAGAAGCAGUAUCUGCCUAAAAAGCCAGCAAAAUAUCUACCGUUUUUAAAAAACCAGUUAGCUAGAAUCAUAACUAUUUCAAUACAUCGGAAAUAGAAGAGUUUAUGAAAUUGUUUAGAAACUAAUUUAUUUAGAAAAAGAUGUUGCUCUCAUGUCGAUCCCAAUUUGGCAUUGCCAUAUAUUAUGACGUGCAGCCUGCUUAUACGUAUUACAUUCGCAAUUUAUUUAAUCACUUCUUUUAUAAUCAUUCUUGUGCUUUUAUAUUUAUGGAACAAUCUAUACAGAGGUUAUCGGCCCCAUGGGCUUGUAUUAUUACGAUUUUUUGGUUUUAGAGAAAAAUCACUGUAUUUGUAAAUAUUAGAAAGGUUGAUAUGGAUACCGUUGAUAUGGAUACCGUUGAUAUGGAUACCGUUGAUAUGGAUACCGUUGAUAUGGAUACCGUUGAUAUGGAUACCGUUGAUAUGGAUACCGUGUGAUUAGAUAACGUCAACUUGAUUCUUUGCAUAUGUCUAUACAUUUAUGGGUUUCUUUGUAUUUUUUCAUGGCUUGUUUAUUAAAGUGGAUUUAUGUGUUUUCUGUAUCAGUUCGUGUAUAUGUUGCUUUAUAAAGAUAUUUGUCAAAAUGGGUUUUACUGUAAGUACUCGAGUUUAUUGUAAAUUUGUGCAUUAACAUUCAAGUGUAACAAUGACAAGAGACUAUUCGUUUGCUAAUGCCUUAGUGUUAUUUCAUUAAAUAUUCAGUUAGGGAGUAGAUGUAAUCAAAUUGCAGUCCAACCCUAGCUGAAAAUUUGCUUUCAAAGACUCUACAUCUCUUUUUGCUUUCAUUUCUCUAAUUUCUCUACAGUCAGAAAAAAUUUGAAAAUCCACGUUUUUCAGCUUCGUUGACAAGCAAGUGCAGAUUAACAGCUAUCAGAUGCUGUCUAACAGUUGACAAUAAGUAUAGUUGAGAAAGUAAUUGUAGUGUAUAAAGGCUUUUUAAAACAUCUAGCACUUGACACCGUCAUCAGUUUAUCAGUGGACGUGAGGUGCAGCAAGCCUCGUCAUAUUGUGUUACAAAUUUUUAAAUGGCCUUAUUUAUCCUUUUUGUCGGAUAAGUACUCAUUUUGUUAAUGAUUGUACCCCUUUGCGACAUUUUAAAAAAGCGACGACCAAUUGUUCAUAAAGAGAGACAGCAGCUUUCUCCUAAGGACUGAGUCUUCAACUUGUUCCAUUAAUACUGUCCGAUUUCAAAAGUCCCUUUCUACUUUUUAGAAAAAAUUAUACGAAAGGAAUUUCGUUUUUUUUGUUCAGGGUAGUUAUACCAUUGGGGGAUUUUGCUCCAUCUUUAUCAAUAAUUCAUAUUCCCUUUGCAGUUUUGCCUUUAACUAAGAUAUUUAUGAAGUCUAAUUUGUUCCAAACUGAAACAGCUGUCUACUAGAUAUUCUUAGGCCUUUUAGUUUGCUUUAAUAAAAAUUUCUCUCGGCAUACCUUUCUUAUCUAACCAUGUGUACGAACAUUCAGUUCUAUGGUUCGUAGCACUAAUCCUCUAAUAAGGGUCCAUAGAGCUCAUCGAAUUGCGACCGUUUUAAAAAGAGUGCACCUUCGAGUGGAGCACUCAAUCAAAAAAGGAAAAGAGGAAGAGGUGUGUAUAUUUUUAAUUAUUUUCCCUAAACUUUUUUGAAACGUAAAUUGAUAGCUAUAUACUGGGGGUUAAUGUAAAUGUUAAUUACUUCUUCACUAUAUGAUGCAAGAAACAAAGAAAAAGAGAACAGAAAAUUGAAAUUGAAAGCAAGUGAGGGUUUUUGUAACAAACAAAGAUUACACUAUUACUCCAAAGAAUUAGCCAAAAUGUAGCUUUUUGUAUAUUUUGUUUGGCUGGUCGAAUUUGGCCGUCAAGCGUAAAAUAUUUGGUCGCCGACCUCUAACCAUUCCAAGCAUCUGGCAACCCUGAUAAUAAGCAUUCCCUCACCAUCCUUUUAAUAAACAAGAAGCGGUUUCAAAAUUGAAUGUAAGUGAGGGAGCGCUCAUUAAUCUUUGUAUCUUUAGAACAACAAGUUCCACGUGUCCUUUAUUUUCAAGAACAGGUUGCCUUAUGACGUAGCAUCACUAACCCUUGAAACCAGGCUCCUUAUGUUCAAGAUAUUUGCGCUGAGUUGAAGUUUUUUUAUUUUGGAGUGGAAAACUGCCUAAAGCGCGGAUUGGAAGGAGUGUCUGGAGUUAUCAACAUGACGCGAGGAAACCAACGUGAGCUUGCAAGAGCUAAAAAUCAAAAGAAGCUUCAACAAGUAGCAAAGGCUAAAGGUUCUGGAGGUGAUGCAACUAAAAGAAAGGAGAGAUUCUUUGGAAAAUCAUAACCCUUCAGACAUAGGAUCAUGGCUGGGCUUAUCAGAAAACCAACCCUGCAAAUUUGUGAAAGAUAAAGGGAUGCUGAUAUUAUGAGGCAGAAGCAACAGGCCGCUGCAGCGAAGAAAGAAACAAGUGGGGAAAAAUGACAUCUGCCUAUCAAUCAAGAUUUUAUACAAUUGCUCAUUGCAAAAGACUGACAAGUUAUGCAGUGGAUCUGAAACUGUUUAUAGUAGUUUAUGGUGGUUUAUAAGAGAAACAUUGUAUUUUAAAGACUGACAAGAAACUAAUUCAGAAUCAUAUUUGGAUUAUAUCAUGAUGUAGACUUAUAUACUUGAUGUUUUCAGUGAAGCUCUUUAUUGGAAAAUGUUUCAAAAAAAGCAGAACACCUUUUUGCUUCAUGUGCCAAGUGUUAGAGAAAUUUUUUGAAGCAAUGAAGUAAUUUUUGAAUGAUAUGAAAGAUGCUCAAUUUUUCCAUUAUCAACAAUUUGAUCUUUUCAA